GAACUAAACACCUGCCACUCUAUCAGUAAGCACAUCACCUUCCUGCACUAUGUUCUGAUGCAUGGGGACUUGCACUACAUGGAAUAAAGGAUGGAUAAAUAUAUCAUCUGGAUUUUUGUUCUUGCCAGCCUUUUGGUAUUUUCAGCUACAGAUUCAUCUACAGCAGAAACAACCACAGAAACAACAGCUACAACAACAGAUGAUGGAUUUACUACAGAGACUAUAAAUAGCACAACACCUGAGAGUACUUCAGGUCUACAAACGAAUGUUACAGAGAGCACAAACAUGUCAGGGACUACACCAAGUUCUACUAACUGGAUAUCUAGCAUAACAGAUUCUAUUUCAAAAGCAAGUGUAAUUGUGACUGAAGAAAACACCAGCCCAGAGAGCAGUACUUAUGCACCACCCAGCACAAAAGAACAAAGUACAGUUCUCAGCUCAGAUGUAACUGGGACUGGAGAAAUACCAGAGAGCAGCUCAAGUGCAACACCAAAUCCUAUUAGCACUGAAGGCUUAAUUACAACUAUGAGCAAAACUACUCUACCUUCUGAGCAAAGCACAACAGAAGAAACCUUUAAUACAGAGAGCAUCUCACCCACAGUACCUAUAUUGACUACAACAAAUGAAAUAGUAUCUAGUGCAGCAUCAGACCUCACUGUGACAGGAGAAAUCUCUACCCCAGAGAGCAGCUCAAGUGCAACACCAAAUCCUAUUAGCACUGAAGAACCAAUUACACCUUCAAGCAAGACUUCUCCAACUUCUGAGCAAACCACAACAGCAGAAACCUUUAGUACAGAGAGCAUCUCACCCACAGUGGCUAUAUUGACUACAAUUAAUGUGAUCACAAAUGAACAAAAUUCUAGUGCAGCAUCAGGCAUAACUGAGACUGGAGAAAUAACUACCCCAGAGAGCAGCUCAAGUGCAACACCAAAUUCUUUUAGCACUGAGGAACCAAUUACACAUUUGAGCAACACUAGUCCUCCUUCUGAAAAAAGCACAAAAGAAGAAAUCUCUAUCACAGAAACCAGCUCAUAUGCACUGCCUAUAUUGACUACAGCUAAUGAAAUACUUUCUAGUACAGCAUCAGAUUUAACUAUGACUGGAGAAAUCACUACCUCAGACAGCAGCUCAAGUGCAACAUCAAAUCCUACUAAUACUGAAGACGCAGUGUCAGCUCUGAGCAAUACUAGUCCAUCCUUUGAGAAGAGCACAACAGAAAAACCCUUUAGCACAGAGAGCAUCUCAUCCACAGUGCCUAUAUUGACUACAACUGAUGUGAUCACAAAUGAAAUAUUUUCUAGUGCAGCAUCAGCCUUAACUGAGACCAGAGAAAUAACUACCCCAGAGAGCAGCUCAAGUGCAACACCAAAUCCCAAUAGCACUGAAGAGCCAAUUACACCUGUAGUCAAUACUAGUCCACCCUCUGGGCAAAGCACAGCUGAAGAAACCUUUAGCACAGAGAACAGCUCACCUACAGUGCCUAUAUUGAUUACAACUAAUGAAGUACUUUCCAGUUCAGCAUCAGAUGUAACUAUUACUGGAGAAAUCUCUACCUCAGAGAGCAGCUUAACUGCAAUACCAAAUCCUAUUAGUACUGAAGAAGCAGUUUCAGCAACAAGCAAUACUAGUCCAUCUUCUGAGAAAAGUACAACAGAAAAAAACUUAAGCACAGAGAGCAUCUCACCCACAGCACCGAUAUUGAAUACAACAUAUGUGAUCACAAAUGAAACAGUUUCUGGCACAGCAUCAUAUGUAACUGAGACUGGUGAAAUAACUACCACAGACAGCAGCUCAAGUGCAACACCAAAUCCUAUUAGCCCUAAAGAACUAACUACACCUUUGAGCAAUACUAGUCCACCUUCUGGGCAAAGCACAACUGAAGAAACCUUUAGCACAGAGAGCAGUUCAUCUGCAGUGUCACUGACUACAACUAAUGAAAUUGUUUCUACUGCAGCAUCAGAUGUAACAGAGACUGGAGAUAUCUCUACCCUAAACAGCAGCUCAAGUGCAACACUAAAUCCUAUUAGCACUGAGGAACCAAUUAUAUCUUUGAACAAUACUACUCCACCUUCUGAGCAAAGCACAACCAAAGAAACCUACAAUACAGAGAGCAUCUCACCCACAGUGACUAUAUUGACUACAACUAAUGUCAUCACAAAUGAAAUAAUUUCUAGUUCAGCAUCAGGCAUAACUGAGACUGGAGAAAUAACUACCCCAAACAGCAGCUCAAGUGCAACACCAAAUUCUUUUAGCACUGAGGAACCAAUCACACAUUUGACCAACACUAGUCCUCCUUCCGAGCAAAGCAAAACAGAAGAAACCUUUAUCACAGAGACCAGCUCAUCGGCAGUGCCUUUAUUGACUACAGCUAAUGAAAUACUUUCUAGUACAGCAUCAGAUGUGACUAUGACUGGAGAAAUUACUACCUCAGAGAGCAGCUCAAGUGUAACACCAAAUCCUACUAGUAAUGAAGAAGCAGUGUCAGCUCUGAGCAAUACUAGUCCACUUUCUGAGAAGAGCACAACAGAAGAAACCUUUAGCACAGGGAGAAUCUCAUCCACAGUACCUAUAUUGACUACAACUACUGUGAUCACAAAUGAAAUAUUUUCCAGUGCAGCAUCAGCUGUGACCGAGACCGGAGAAAUAACUACCCCAGAAAGCAGCUCAAGUGCACCACCAAAUCCCACUAGCACUGAAGAACCAAUUACAGCUGUAUCCAAUACUAGUCCACCUUCUGGGCAAAGCACAGCUGAAGAAACCUUUAGUACAGAGAACAGCUCACCUACAGUGCCUAUAUUGAUUACAGCUUAUGAAGUACUUUCCAGUUCAGCGUCGGAUGUAACUAUUACUGGAGAAAUCUCUACCACAGAGAGCAGCUCAAUUGCAACACCAAAUCCUAUUAGUACUGAAGAAGCAGUUUCAACAACAAGCAAUACUACUCCAUCUUCUGAGAAAAGUACAGCAGAAGAAAACUUUGGCACAGAGAGCAUCUCACCCACAGUACCUAUAUUGAAUACAACGUAUGUGAUCACAAAUGAAGUAGUUUCUAGUGCAGCAUCAGAUGUAACUGAGUCUGGUGAAAUAACUACCACAGAGAGCAGCUCAAGUGCAACACCAAAUUCUUUUAGCCCUGAGGAACCAACUACACCUUUGAGUAAUACUAGUCCACCUUCUGGGCAAAGCACAACUGAAGAAAUCUUUAUCACAGAGAGCAGUUCAUCUGCAGUGUCACUGACUACAACUAAUGAAAUUGUUUCUACUGCAGGAUCAGAUGUAACAGAGACUGGAGAUAUCUCUACCCUAAACAGCAGCUCAAGUACAACACUAAAUCCUAUUAGCACUGAGGAACCAAUCACACAUUUGAGCAACACUAGUCCUCCUUCCGAAGAAGAAACAGAAGAAACCUUUAUCACAGAGACCAGCUCAUCGGCAGUGCCUUUAUUGACUACAGCUAAUGAAAUACUUUCUAGUACAGCAUCAGAUGUGACUAUGACUGGAGAAAUCACUACCUCCGAGAGCAGCUCAAGUGCAACACCAAAUCCUACUAGUACUGAAGAAGCAGUGUCAGCUCUGAGCAAUACUAGUCCACUUUCUGAGAAGAGCACAACAGAAGAAACCUUUAGCACAGAGAGCAUCUCAUCCACAGUGCCUAUAUUGACUACAAAUACUGUGAUCACAAAUGAAAUAUUUUCUAGUGCAGCAUCAGCCGUAACUGAGACCGGAGAAAUAAUUACCCCAGAGAGCAGUUCAAGUGCAACACCAAAUCCCACUAGCACUGAAGAAACAAUUACAGCUGUAGCCAAUACUAGUCCACCUUUUGGGCAAAGCACAGCUGAAGAAACCUUUAGCACAGAGAACAGCUCACCUACAGUGCCUAUAUUGAUUACAACUAAUGAAGUACUUUCAAGUUCAGCAUCAGAUGUAACUAUUACUGGAGAAAUCUCUACCUCAGAGAGCAGCUCAACUCCAACACCAAAUCUUAUUAGUACUGAGGAAGCAGUUUCAGCAACAAGCAAUACUACUCCACCUUCUGAGAAAAGUACAGCAGAAGAAAACUUUAGCACAGAGAGCAUCUCACCCACAGCACCUAUAUUGAAUACAACGUAUGUGAUCACAAAUGAAAUAGUUUCUAGUGCAGCAUCAGAUGUAACUGAGACUGGUGAAAUAACUACCCCAGAGAGCAGCUCAAGUGCAACACCAAAUUCUUUUAGCUCUGAGGAACCAAUUACACAUUUGCGCAACACUAGUCCUCCUUCUGAGCAAAGCACAACUGAAGAAAUCUUUAUCACAGAGACCAGCUCAUCGGCAGUGCCUUUAUUGACUACAGCUAAUGAAAUUCUUUCUAGUACAGCAUCAGAUGUAACUAUGACUGGAGAAAUCACUACAUCAGAGAGCAGCUCAAAAACAACACGAAAGCCUACUAGUACUGAAGAAGCAGUGUCAGCUCUGAGCAAUACUAGUCCAACUUCUGAGAAGAGCACACCAGAAGAACCCUUUAGCACAGGGAGCAUCUCAUACACAGUGCCUAUGUUGACUACAACUAAUGUGAUCACAAAUGAAAUAUUUUCUAGUGCAGCAUCAGCCGUAACUGAGACCGGAGAAAUCUCUACCUCAGAGAGCAGCUCAAUUGCAACAGCAAAUCUUAUUAGUACUGAAGAAGCAGUUUCAGCAACAAGCAAUACUAGACCACCUUCUGAGAAAAGUACAGCAGAAGAAAACUUUAGCACAGAGAGCAUCUCACCCACAGCACAUAUAUUGAAUACAACAUAUGUGAUCACAAAUGAAAUAGUUUCUAGUGCAGCAUCAGAUGUAACUGAGACUGGUGAAAUAACUACCCCAGAGAGCAGCUCAAGUGCAACACCAAAUCCUUUCAGCUCUGAGGAACCAACUACACCUUUGAGUAAUACUAGUCCACCUUCUGGGCAAAGCACAACUGAAGAAACCUUUAGCACAGAGAGCAGUUCAUCUGCAGUGUCCCUGACUACAACUAAUGAAAUUGUUUCUACUGCAGCAUCAGAUGUAACAGAGACUGGAGAUAUCUCUACCUCAAACAGCAGCUCAAGUACAACACUAAAUCCUAUUAGCACUGAGGAACCAAUCACACAUUUGACCAACACUAGUCCUCCUUCCGAGCAAAGCAAAACAGAAGAAACCUUUAUCACAGAGACCAGCUCAUCGGCAGUGCCUUUUUUGACUACAGCUAAUGAAAUACUUUCUAGUACAGCAUCAGAUGUGACUAUGACUGGAGAAAUCACUACCUCCGAGAGCAGCUCAAGUGCAACACCAAAGCCUACUAGUACUGAAGAAGCAGUGUCAGCUCUGAGCAAUACUAGUCCACUUUCUGAGAAGAGCACAACAGAAGAAACCUUUAGCACAGAGAGCAUCUCAUCCACAGUACCUAUAUUGACUACAACUACUGUGAUCACAAAUGAAAUAUUUUCUAGUGCAGCAUCAGCCGUGACCGAGACCGGAGAAAUAACUACCCCAGAAAGCAGCUCAAGUGCAACACCAAAUCCCACUAGCACUGAAGAACCAAUUACAGCUGUAACCAAUACUAGUCCACCUUCUGGGCAAAGCAUGGCUGAAGAAACCUUUAGUACAGAGAACAGCUCACCUACAGUGUCUAUAUUGAUUACAACUAAUGAAGUACUUUCCAGUUCAGCAUCGGAUGUAACUAUUACUGGAGAAAUCUCUACCUCAGAGAGCAGCUCAAUUACAACACCAAAUCGUAUAAGUACUGAAGAAGCAGUUUCAGCAACAAGCAAUACUACUCCAUCUUCUGAGAAAAGUACAGCAGAAGAAAACUUUGGCACAGAGAGCAUCUCACCCACAGUACCUAUAUUGAAUACAACGUAUGUGAUCACAAAUGAAAUAGUUUCUAGUGCAGCAUCAGAUGUAACUGAGACUGGUGAAAUAACUACCCCAGAGAGCAGCUCAAGUGCAACACCAAAUCCUUUUAGCCCUGAGGAACCAACUACACCUUUGAGUAAUACUAGUCCACCUUCUGGGCAAAGCACAACUGAAGAAACCUUUAGCACAGAGAGCAGUUCAUCUGCAGUGUCACUGACUACAACUAAUGAAAUUGUUUCUACUGCAGCAUUAGAUGUAACAGAGACUGGUGAUAUCUCUACCCCAAACAGCAGCUCAAGUACAACACUAAAUCCUAUUAGCACUGAGGAACCAAUCACACAUUUGACCAACACUAGUCCUCCUUCCGAGCAAAGCAAAACAGAAGAAACUUUUAUCACAGAGACCAGCUCAUCGGCAGUGCCUUUAUUGACUACAGCUAAUGAAAUACUUUCUAGUACAGCAUCAGAUGUGACUAUGACUGGAGAAAUCACUACCUCAGAGAGCAGCUCAAGUGCAACACCAAAGCCUACUAGUACUGAAGAAGCAGUAUCAGCUCUGAGCAAUACUAGUCCACUUUCUGAGAAGAGCACAACAGAAGAAAUCUUUAGCACAGAGAACAUCUCAUCCACAGUAGCUAUAUUGACUACAACUACUGUGAUCACAAAUGAAAUAUUUUCAAGUGCAGCAUCAGCCAUAACUGAGACUGGAGAAAUAACUACCCCAGAGAGCAGCUCAAGUGCAACACCAAAUCCCACUAGCACUGAAGAACCAAUUACAGCUGUAGCCAAUACUAGUCCACCUUUUGGGCAAAGCACAGCUGAAGAAACCUUUAGCACAGAGAGCAUCUCAUCCACAAUGCCUAUGUUGACUACAACUAAUGUGAUCACAAAUGAAAUAUUUUCUAGUGCAGCAUCAGCCGUAACUGAGACCGGAGAAAUCUCUACCUCAGAGAGCAGCUCAAUUACAACACCAAAUCUUAUUAGUACUGAAGAAGCAGUUUCAGCAACAAGAAAUACUACUCCAUCUUCUGAGAAAAGUACAGCAGAAGAAAACUUUAGCACAGAGAGCAUCUCACCCACAGCACCUAUAUUGAAUACAACAUAUGUGAUCACAAAUGAAAUAGUUUCUAGUGCAGCAUCAGAUGUAACUGAGACUGGUGAAAUAACUACCCCAGAGAGCAGCUCAAGUGCAACACCAAAUCCUUUCAGCUCUGAGGAACCAACUACACCUUUGAGUAAUACUAGUUCACCUUCUGGGCAAAGCACAACUGAAGAAACCUUUAGCACAGAGAUCAGCUCAUCUGCAGUGUCACUGACUACAACUAAUGAAAUUGUUUCUACUGCAGCACCAGAUGUAACAGAAACUAGAGAUAUCUCUACCCCAAACAGCAGCUCAAGUACAACACUAAAUCCUAUUAGCACUGAGGAACCAAUCACACAUUUGACCAACACUAGUCCUCCUUCCGAGCAAAACAAAACAGAAGAAACCUUUAUCACAGAGUCCAGCUCAUCGGCAGUGCCUUUAUUGACUACAGCUAAUGAAAUACUUUCUAGUACAGCAUCAGAUGUAACUAUUACUGGAGGAAUCUCUACCUCAGAGAGCAGCUCAAUUGCAACACCAAAUCUUAUCAGUACUGAAGAAGCAGUUUCAGCAACAAGCAAUACUAGACCACCUUCUGAGAAAAGUACAGCAGAAGAAAACUUUAGCACAGAGAGCAUCUCACCCACAGUACCUAUAUUGAAUACAACGUAUGUGAUCACAAAUGAAAUAGUUUCUAGUGCAGCAUCAGUUGUAACUGAGACUGGUGAAAUAACUACCCCAGAGAGCAGCUCAAGUGCAACACCAAAUUCUUUUAGCACUGAGGAACCAAUUACACAUUUGAGCAAAACUAGUCCUCCUUCUGAGCAAAGCACAACAGAAGAAAUCUUUAUCACAGAGAGCAGCUCAUCUGCAGUGCCUUUAUUGACUACAGCUAAUGAAAUUCUUUCUAGUACAGCAUCAGAUGUAACUAUGACUGGAGAAAUCACUACAUCAGAGAGCAGCUCAAAAACAACAACAAAGCCUACUAGUACUGAAGAAGCAGUGUCAGCUCUGAGCAAUACUAGUCCACCUUCUGAGAAGAGCACACCAGAAGAACCCUUUAGCACAGAGAGCAUCUCGUCCACAGUGCCUAUGUUGACUACAACUAAUGUGAUCACAAAUGAAAUAUUUUCUAGUGCAGCAUCAGCUGUAACUGAGACUGGAGAAAUCUCUACCUCAGAGAGCAGCUUAAUUGCAACACCAAAUCUUAUUAGUACUAAAGAAGCAGUUUCUGCAACAAGCAAUACUAGACCACCUUCUGAGAAAAGUACAGCAGAAGAAAACUUUAGCACAGAGAGCAGCUCACCCACAGCACCUAUAUUGAAUACAACAUAUGUGAUCACAAAUGAAAUAGUUUCUAGUGCAGCAUCAGAUGUAACUGAGACUGGUGAAAUAACUACCCCAGAGAGCAGCUCAAGUACAACACUAAAUCCUAUUAGCCCUGAGGAACCAAUCACACAUUUGACCAACACUAGUCCUCCUUCCGAGCAAAGCAAAACAGAAGAAACCUUUAUCACAGAGACCAGCUCAUCGGCAGUGCCUUUAUUGACUACAGCUAAUGAAAUACUUUCUAGUACAGCAUCAGAUGUGACUAUGACUGGAGAAAUCACUACCUCAGAUAGCAGCUCAAGUGCAACACCAAAUCCUACUAAUACUGAAGAAGCAGUGUCAGCUCUGAGCAAUACUAGUCCACCUUCUGAGAAGAGCACAACAGAAGAAACCUUUAGCACAGAGAGCAUCUCAUCCACAGUGCCUAUAUUGACUACAACUAAUGUGAUCACAAAUGAAAUAUUUUCUACUUUAGCAUCAGAUGUAAAUGAGACCAGAGAAAUAACUACCCUAGACAGGAGUUCAAGUGCAACACCAAAUCCCACUAGCACUAAAGAACAAAUUACACCUGUGGGCAAUACUAGUCCACCUUCUGGGCAAAGUACAACUGAAGAAACCUUUAGGAUAGAGAGCAGCUCAUCUACAUUGCCACUGACUACAACUAAUGAAAUAGUCUCUUCUGCAGCAACAGAUGUAACUGAGACUGGAAAAAUCUCUUCCCCAGAGAGCAGCUCAAGUGCAACGCCACAUCCUAUUAGCACUGAUGAACCAAUUACACAUUUGAACAACACUAGUCCACCUUCUGAGCAGAGCACAACAGAAGAAACCUUUAUCAGAGAGACCAGCUCAUCUACAGUGCCUAUAUUGACUUCAGCUAAUGAAGUUCUGUCUAGUACAGCAUCAUAUGUAACUAUGACUGGAGAAAUAUCUUCCUCAGAGAGCAGCUCAAGUGCAACACCAAAUCUUAUUAGUACUGAAGAAGCAGUUUCAGCUCUGAGCAAUACUAGUCCACCUUCUGAGCACAGCACAACAGAAGAAACCUUUAGCACAGAGAGUAUAUCACCCACAGUACCUAUAUUGAUUACAACUAAUGUGAUCACAAAUGAUGUCGUUUCUAGUGUGGCACCAGAAGUAACUAUGACUGGAGAAAUCAUUACGCCAGAGAGCAGCUCGAGUACACCAUCACAUCCAAUUACCACUGAAGAACCAAUUACACCUUUGACCAACACAAGCCCUCUAUUCCUGCAAAGUACAACUGAAGAAUCUUUUAGCACAGAGAGCAUCUCAUCUGCAGUUGCUAAAUUGAGUACAACUAAUGAAAUUGUUUCUAGUGCAACAUCAGACGUAACGGUGAUAGAAGAAAUCACUACCAAAGAGAGCAGCUCAAGUGCACCAACAAAUAUGAUUAACACGGAAGAAUCAAUUAGACCUGUGAGCAACACUAGUCCUCCUUCUGGGCAAAGCACAACAAAAGAAACCUUUAGCACAGAAAGCAGCUCAUCUACAGUCCCACUGACUACAACUAAUGAAAUACUUUCUAGUGCAGCUUCAAAUGUAACUGUAAAUAAAGAAAUCUCUACCUCAGAGAGCAGCUCAAGUGUACCACCAAUUCUUAUUAGUACUGAAGAAGCAGUUUCAGCACUGAGAAAUACUAGUCCACCGUCUGAGAAAAGCACCACAGAGGAAACCUUUAGGACAGAGAGCAUCCCACCCACAGUACCUAUAUUGAUUACAACUAAUGUGAUCACAAAUGAAGUAGUUUCUAGUGUGGCACCAGAAGUUACUAUGACUGGAGAAAUCAUUACACCAGAGAGCAGCUCGAGUACACCAUCACAUCCAAUUACCACUAAAGAACCAAUUACACCUUUGACCAACACAAGCCCUCUAUUCCUGCAAAGUACAACUGAAGAAUCUUUUAGCAAGGAGAGCAUCUCAUCUGCAGUUGCUAUAUUGAGUACAACUAAUAAAAUUGUUUCUAGUACAACAUCAGAUGUAACAGUGAUAGAAGAAAUCACUACCAAAGAGAUCAGCUCAAGUGCACCAACAAAUCUGAUUAACACUGAAGAAACAAUUAGACCCGUGAGCAACACUAGUCUUCCUUCUGGGCAAAUCACAACAAAAGAAACAUUUAGCACAGACAGCAGCUCAUCUACAGUGCCACUGACUAGUGCAGCUUCAAAUGUAACUGUAAAUGAAGAAAUAUCUACCUCAGAGAGCAGCUCAAGUGGAACACCAAAUCUUAUUAGUACUGAAGAAGCAGUUUCACCUCUGAGCAAUACUAGUCCACCUUCAAAGAAGAGCACAACAGAAGAAACCUUUAGCACAAACAUCUCAUCCACAGUGCCUACAUUGACUACAACUAAUGUGAUCACAAAUGAUAUAGUUUCUAUUUCAACAUCAGAAGUAACUUUGAAAGGAGAAACCACUACCCCAGAGAGCAGCUCAAGUGCACCAUCAAAUUCUAUUAGCACUAAAGAACCAAUUACACCUUUGAGCAACAAUAGUCCUUCUGCGCAAGUCACAGCUGUAGAAACCUUCAGCACAGAGAGCAGCUCAUCUACAAUGCCUACCUUCACUACAACUAAUGAAAUACUUUCUAGUGCCACAUCAGACCAAACUGCGACAGGCAAAAUCUCCACUCUUGUGAGCAGCUCAAGUGCAACACCAAAUCGUAUUAGCACUAUUGAACCAAUUACAUCUUUAAGCAAAAGUAGUCCUCCUCCUGAUGAGAGCACAACAGAAGGAACCUUUAGCACAGAGAAGAGCUCAUCUGCAGUUCCUAUAUUGACUACAACUAAUAAAAUACUUUCUAGUCCAGCAUCAGACAUAACUGUGAAUGGAGAAAUCUCUACCCCAGUGAGCAGCUCAAGUGCCCCACCAAAUCCUAUUAUCACUGAAGCAUCAAGUACAGCUCUGAGCAACACGAGUCCAGCUUCUGAGAGAAGCACAACUGAAGAAACCUUUAGCACAGAAAGCAGCUCAGCUAUAGCAUCUAGCCUACCCUCUGGGCAAAACACAACAGAAGAAACCUUUACUAUAUUUACUACAUCUCAUGUGAUCACAAAUGAAAUAGUUUCUUCUGCAGCAUCAAAAGUACCUGUGACAGGAGAAAACUUUUCCUCAGUGAGCAACACAAGUUCCCCACCAAAUCCUAUUAGUACUGAAGGACCAAUUGCCCCUUUAAACACUAGUCCAGCUUCCAGGCAAAGCACAACGGAAGAAACCUUUAGCACAGGGAACAGUUCAAUCACAGUGCCUAGCCAACCAUCUGAGCAAAAUGCAUCAGAAAGUUUUACUACAAAAAUCAGCUCAUCCGCAGUACCUGUAUUGACUACAACUGUUGAGAAAGUUUCUAGUGCAACAUCAGUAGUAAUUGUGACUAGAGAAGUCUCUACUCCAGAGAGCAGCUCAAAUAUACCACCAAAUCCAAUUAGUACUGAAACACCAGUUACAAAGCUAAGCAACACUAGUCCGUUAUCUGCACAAAGCACAACUAAAGAAAUCUUAAGCACAGGCAGCAACUCAACUACAGUACUUAUAUUGACUACAACGAAUGUGAUCACAAAUGGAAUAGUUUCCACUGCGUCUGUAAAUUCUACAUCUACAGGGUACAGUAAUAUAAGUGCACCUGGAAAUCAUGUUGUUUCUACAACUACAAUCAAGACAACAACUCCCCCUGUGGUUUGCAGCCUUCCAUGUAUGAAUGGGUUGUGCAGAAUUAAAUCUGGAACUACCACUCCAAUAUGCAUGUGCAAUGCUGGCUUUAGUAAUGAUGAGUCAGAGACACUUUGUAUAGACAUCGAUGAAUGCACACUGAAUACAAACGACUGCCAGCAAGUCUGCUCUAACACGCUCGGUGGAUUCAAGUGCUCCUGCAAGAAUGGUUAUGAGAUAGACCCAAACAUUCCACAGAACUGCAACAAGAUUGACUAUUGUAAAACCUCCCCCUGCAUAAAUGGCCAAUGCCACAAUGAAUUAUACAGCUACACAUGCAAUUGUAACUCAGGAUGGCAAGGAACCAACUGUGACAUAGAUGUAAAUGAAUGUGCAUCAGCAAAUGUAUGCAGCCCUAAAGGUGAUUGCACCAACACAUUAGGAUCCUAUACAUGCAAAUGUAUACCAGGUUGGACUGGACAAACCUGCAAUGAAGACGUAGAUGAAUGUCUUGCAAGUCCUUGUAAAAAUGGUGGGCAAUGCAGGAAUAACAUGGGAAGUUAUAAUUGCCUGUGUAACGCUGGGUAUGGUGGUGUGAACUGUGAUCAAGAUAUUAAUGAGUGCCUCAGUAACCCUUGCCAGAAUGGAGCAACCUGCAAUAAUACGCUGUUUAGUUUCUCCUGUAAUUGUAAUCCUGGAUACACGGGCAAAUUAUGCGAGACUGAAAUAAAUGAAUGCAACAGCAACCCAUGCCAAAAUGGAGGAAUAUGCAUUGAUAGAGUUAAUGGAUUUUCUUGCCAAUGUCCAGUGAACUGGCAGGGAACAACUUGCGUGGAUGAUGUGAACGAAUGUUCUGCCCAGCCUAGUAAAUGCAGUGCACAAGCAACAUGUACAAACACUCCAGGAUCCUAUACAUGUACAUGCAAAGCUGGAUAUUAUGGAGAUGGCACUAUUUGCAGAGACACUGAUGAGUGUGCACUGAAACAAAACAAUAACUGCCAACAACUGUGCUCCAACACGAUUGGUGGAUAUUUCUGUUCAUGUCAGAAUGGUUAUGAACAAGAUCAACUAAGCUCACAGAAAUGCAACAAAAUUGACUACUGUAAAAGCAACCCCUGCAGAAAUGGUCAAUGUCAAAUUGGACUCUUAGGCUAUAAAUGCAAUUGCUAUGGAGGAUGGAAGGGAACUAACUGCCAAACAGACGUAAAUGAGUGUGAGACUAGCCCAUGCGCUAAGGGAACCUGUACUAACACAAAAGGAUCCUUUUUCUGUUCAUGCAUGCAAGGCUGGAAAGGACUUACUUGCAAUGAAGAUGUUGAUGAAUGUCUCUCCAUGCCAUGUAAAAAUGGAGGGCAAUGCAAAAACACCUUGGGAAGUUACACUUGUUCAUGUGUACCAGGAUACCAGGGAGAAAACUGUGAGCGAGAUAUCAAUGAAUGUCUGAGUAACCCUUGCUGGAAUGGAGCAAGAUGCAAUAAUCUGGUCAAUGCUUUCUCCUGUACUUGCAUUACUGGUUACACAGGAAGAUUCUGUGAAAUCGAUAUUAAUGAAUGUGCCAGCAACCCAUGCAGAAAUGGUGGAAUCUGCAUUGAUAGAGUCAAUGGCUUCUCUUGUCGGUGUCCAGAGAAUUGGCAGGGGACAUUCUGUGAACAGGAUGUAGACGAGUGUGCUACUAGGCUGAGCAGAUGCAGUGAGAAAGCAUCCUGUACAAACACGUAUGGAUCCUAUACAUGCUCAUGCAACAGUGGAUAUUAUGGAGAUGGAUUUACUUGCAGAGAAAAACGUCUGUUUGACUACAGAUCGGAUAUCAGAGUAACCCAACGUUUAAAAGAUUUUACCUCUCCGUUAAUUAGUGUUCCCAUGCGCUUUCCCUUUGGCAACUCAUUCUACAGCAAUUUAUAUUUCACAGACAAUGGAGUUAUCAUGUUCCAGCGUUAUUUCUAUGAACCUAUUUACACAUACAACUAUCCCUACAGCAAUUUCUACAGUAAUGAUUAUAAUAGGCCUCCCAUGAUUGCAGUUUUUUGGGCAGAUGCUGAUAUGUCACAAUCAGGGGAACUGUAUUACCAGACUUAUGACUUCCAACAAUCACCAUACUCAACAUUCAAAACACAACUUGAAACUGAGAUACAAACCUCUUUUAAUAUGCAAAUUACAGCCCGCUGGGCUAUCAAGAUCACAUGGGAGCAAGUUCGACCAUACCCAUCAUAUUACUUCACAACAGCCAAUACAAAUACCUAUCAAGCUGUGUUAGUCACAGAUGGGAUCUAUUCUUUCUGCCUUAUACGUUUUGAUGAUGGAGGAAUGAAUUGGAAAUAUGAAGCACUGCCUACAUAUUAUGUCGCAAAAAUGGGAUAUUUCAGUGGUGAGCCUAGACAAUACAAUUAUGCCAAUAACCCAGCUCUGCCAGCAUUCAAUGACCCUCAGACAUCAAGUGGUAGCCUCCAAAAGAUUUACACACCAGACCAGUAUAAAGGAUACAAUACUAACAGAAAUGGAUACUGGGCUUAUAGACUUGAAGCUAAUUCAGCAAACACCAGAAACUCCUGGCAGCAGUGUCUCAGCUGGUAUUACAGUGAACCAUAUCCAUCCUGGUCCUACUAUUCUCAGCCUUGUCCCUGCUCUUUUUGGCAAGCCAUAUUUGAUUCAUCAUUCACUUCGUCAAACAGACUAAAUCAAUAUAGUUUCCCAAGGAAAAGCUCAGACAGCUAUAUCAGCUUCCAGAGUGCAUUUUCUAGUUGGAAUGGAGGAGGCACAAGAUGUAACUAUUACUGGUUUGGAUCACUUAUCUAUGGAGAAAAAGAAAGGUUCUUGCCAACUCCUUGGACAUAUGAUAAUGCCUGGUACUGGUGGUGGUAUCCUCAAUACCAGAACUAUUUUUGGUCUACAACAUUACCAGUAUUAAGGAGUCAAUACCAAGCUAAUGAGGUGGAUCCUUAUGAAAACUGCUGUACAUUGGGUUCUCCCUACCUUUGUUAUCUGUAUUCACAGAAGAGGCCUCGGGAUUACUGCUAUGGUUACAUCCCGCCGCGUUUAGGAUUUUUAUUUGGCGACCCUCAUAUUAACACACUGGAUGGAGUGAAGUAUACCUUCAAUGGUUUAGGUGAAUUCAUAUUGGUCAAUGUUAAGAAUGAUAAUGGAACAAUUUUCCGGCUCCAGGGACGCACAGGCAGAGCAGGGACUAAUGGAACAUCUCAAGCAACCAAUUUUGUGGCACUGGCUGCAGAAAUAAACAAUGAAACCACGAUUGAAUGGCAGCUCUCUGAUGAAAACACCACUUAUGUGAAAGUUAAUGGUUCUGAAUUUCCAUUGACAGUAAAUAGCACAUCAUUGGGAAUGAUCACCCUGGAAACCACGACUGAGGAAGGACUCAAAGCCACUUUUGUUGGUGGCAUCUCAGUGUCAGUUACUGCAAAGUUUGGGGCUCUGAGCUUUGUAGCAUCGUUGGAUUCUUCAUAUCAGAACAAAACAGAAGGACUUCUGGGUCUGUUCAAUGGGGAUGUUACAGAUGACUUGAUGUAUUCUAAUGGAACGAGUCUAAGUUACGAUGGCGUUAAACUUCCAAAUGAUUCCGCUAUAUUUGAGAUGGGAAUGACAUGGAAAACUAAAUCAAGUAGCAGCAUUUUUAGUUACAACUCAUCAACUAAUGAAUCUUGGUACAGAUACAACAAUAACAGCUUUGUGCCCCUGUUUUAUGAUGAACUGCUGCAGACUAGAAACAAAACACUUAUUGACGCAGCAAAUGCAACUUGUAAUGGAAACGAUGAAUGCAUUUUUGACAUCCUGAGCACUGGAAAUCUUGCAAUUGGAGAAGCCACGCUUGAAGCAGCAAACUCAGCUAUGGCACAAGAAAGCAGCAUGAAUAAUUUCCCUCCAAACAUAACUGGACCAAGCACAAUUUAUGCAAGCCUAAAUAUGUUAUUGACGGUGAACUACACAGUAACUGACCAGAACAACGAUACUGUGGUGUUGACUUUACAGACAGAUUCCAAGGAUAUAACUAUUAAAGCUGAUGGUACACUGUUAUGGAAUGUAACAAACUCAGAAGCAUUUAAUGUCACUAUCCAGGCAAAUGACUCUAAAGUAGUCACUAAUUUUAUCCUUACACUGGUGCUUUGUAACUGCUCAAACAAUGGGCAGUGCCUCUUUAAUAAAAAUAUCAGUAUUCCGGAUUACCCUAACUUCAAGAUGGCUGGAUGUAACUGUUCUGAAGCAUGGACUGGAAUUUACUGUGAAGAUGAUUUUGAUGGCUGUUUGGAAAACCGAUGUUAUAUAAACAAUACUUGUAAUGAUACUAAAGCUCCUGGUGUAGGUUUCACCUGUGGUCCAUGUCCUCCUGGCAUGACAGGAGAUGGAAUACACUGUGUUGAUAUUGAUGAAUGUUAUCUUAACAUAUCAAACUGUGAACAGAUAUGUAACAAUUUCCCAAGAGGAUACAACUGCAGCUGUAGGGAAGGUUACAAAGUGAGUGAAGCCAACAGCUCCAAGUGUGAAGAUAUCAAUGAAUGUCAAAACACAACUGAUUACCCAUGUGGCGAGAAUACAGAGUGUUCUAAUCUCCCUGGAAACUACUCAUGCCAGUGCAAAGCUGGGUAUACUGGGGAUCCUACUGUUCUUUGUGUUGAUAUCAAUGAAUGUGCUGCAAAUGUGUCUCUGUGUCCAAAUACAUCAACUUGUACCAACACCAAUGGCUCAUACAUAUGCGACUGUCUGCCUGGAUAUAAUGGGACUAACUGCACAGAUAUAAAUGAAUGUGACAGAAAUGACACAUGCCCCCAGAAUUCCGUGUGUAAUAACACUGUUGGCUCCUACAUAUGUAACUGUAAUACUGGCUUUGAUGGAGAAAAUUGCACAGAUAUUGAUGAAUGUUCUAAUGGAACCCAUGACUGUGGCCCUAAUUCACAUUGCUUUAACACAUAUGGGUCCUUUAGGUGCGAAUGCAUACAUGGAUACACAGGAGAUGGCGUACAAUGUGAAGAUAUUAACGAGUGCCUGCGUAAUAUCUCUGUCUGUAAUGAACAUAGCACCUGUCAAAAUACCAACGGCAGCUACAUUUGUGAAUGCAAGGAUGGAUUUACAAACGAUAAUGGAUCUUGCAUAGAUAUCAAUGAAUGCAACUCUACAUCUUACUGCUUGGCUGUAGGACAAACAUGUGAAAAUACCGUGGGCAGCUAUGUAUGUAAUUGUACAAGUGGCUACAUUUUGGUCAAUAAUACAUGCACAGAUAUUAAUGAAUGUGCAUCGAAUACAACAAACAACUGCUCAAGUAAUGCAUUCUGCUCUAACAUCGCAGGCUCCUAUGUCUGUCAGUGUUAUAGCAACUAUAUGGGUGAUGGUGUCAAUUGCUCAGAUAUUGAUGAGUGCCAUCUAAACACAUCAAUGUGUGAACAGCUUUGUUAUAAUUUCCCGGGUGGAUACAACUGCAGUUGCGAGAAAGGAUACAAAACUAAUGAACUGAACAGCGCAAUGUGUGAAGAUAUUGAUGAAUGUCAAAACAGCACUGUGUGUGGUGAGAAUGCGCUGUGCAUCAAUGGACCUGGUAAUUACACAUGCCAGUGCAAAGAUGGGUUCAGAGGAGACCCCACUAAGCAGUGUGUUGAUAUAAAUGAAUGCGAGAUAAAUAACAUAUGUCCCCAUAAUUCCGUGUGUAAUAACACUGUUGGCUCAUACCAAUGUGAAUGUAAUGCUGGCUAUGAAGGAACAAACUGCACAGAUAUUGAUGAAUGUGCGACUGCACAGUAUAACUGCACUGCCUUCUCAAUCUGUAUCAAUACAAAUGGCUCCUAUAAUUGCUCAUGUCAGCCUGGAUUCACAGCAAAUGGUCUACAAUGUACAGAUAUUGAUGAGUGCAUGAGUAACAGUUCUCUCUGCAAUGAACACAGCACCUGCCAAAACACCAGAGGCAGCUACACUUGUAUAUGCAAAGUGGGAUUUACAGAUGUCAACGGCACAUGUGCAGAUAUUAAUGAAUGUAUCUCUGCAUCCUAUUGCUCUGCUGACGUACAAACAUGUGUAAAUACUUUAGGCAGCUUUACAUGCAACUGCAGAGAAGGUUACAUUUUGACCAAUGGCACCUGCUUAGAUAUUAAUGAAUGUGUUACUAACACAAGCAAUUGCUCGAUUAAUGCAUUCUGCUCCAACAUUGGUGGCUCCUUCGUCUGCCAGUGCAAAAGCAACUAUUCAGGCGAUGGUGUUAAUUGCACAGAAUUUGUUCCUACAUCAAUGCCAACUACUUCACCAACAACAGUGCCUCUGACUACUCUAAAUGAGACAACAUUAAACCACACAACAGACGUAACAACUGGAAACAUAAAUGAGACAAGUCAUGUGCCCGUGACCAACAGUAGUACUGACACGUCACCCGAAGUGAAUUCUGAAAAUCAGACGACAUCUGUGUACAACAUAACAGCCCUCCAAUCUGAAACUACAAGCAGUGUGAUUAGUCCUGAAUCUGUUACCAACAACAAUGAUGUCACGUCUUCUGGACCUUAUUCUUUAAGUUCUGAAACCAGUUCAACAACUGCUCUUGUCACUGCAACAUCAGACGCUUCACGUACAGUGAAUCUAAGUACAUCUGUAUAUGAUACAUCUGCUGUAAUACCUGAACAUGUGACUGUUGGAACAUCUGCAUUUAUUACAUCAGCCAUAAACUACACAACAGCACUAACAACUGAAAACAUAAGUGAGACAAGCUUUGUGCCCGUGACCAAUAAUAGUAAUGUCACAUCUCCCGAAGUGAACACUGAAAAUCAGCCAACAUCUGUGUACAACACAACAGUCCUCCCAUCUGGAACUGUAAGCAGUGUGACUAGUCUUGAAUCUGUUACCAGCAACAGUGAAGCCACUUCUGGACACCAUUCAUUAAGUUCUGAACCCAGUUCAACAACCCUUAUUGACACUGCAACAUCAGAUACUGCAAGUACAGUCAAUCCAAGUACAUCUGUUUAUAAUACUGCAACAACAACCGCUAGUGGGACAUCUAUUAUUGUGAACACUGGUGAAACAUCAACAACUACUGGCACAACAUUAAUAACAAACAAUCCUAUAGCAACAACAAACACUGUUACAAAGAGCACAGGUGAAACAGUAGCCAUUGCUGCAACAACGGUAGCCACAGGUGCAACAACAACUACCACUAGUGCCACAACAAACACUGAUACAACAACCACUGGUGCAAUAACAACCACUGCCACAUCCACAGACAGUGGCACAUCUCCAACAACGGACACUGGUGCAACAACAACAAACACUGUUACGAUCAGUACUGGUGAAACAACAGCCACCAGUGUAGAAGCAACAAACACUAGUAAAAUAACCAAUGGUACAAUGACAACAACCCCUGCAACAAUAACUAGUGGCACAUUCACAACAGUGAACACUGGAACAUCAACCAGUGGUGCAUCAUCAACAACUACUGGCACAACAUAUAUUACAAGCAAUGGCAUAGAAACAGCAACCACUGCUCCAACAACAACAAGCACUGUUACUACCAACAAUGAUGUCACUUCUUCUGGACCCCAUUCUUUAAGUUCUGAAUUCCGUUCAACGACUCUUCUUGUCACUGCAACAUCAGAUACUGCAAGUACAGUCAAUUCAAGUACAUCUGUUUAUAAUACUGCAACAACAACCGCCAGUGGGACAUCUAUUAUUGUGAACACUGGUGAAACAUCAACAACUACUGGCACAACACUAAUAACAAACAAUCCUAUAGCAACAACAAACACUGUUACAAAGAGCACAGGUGAAACAGUAGCCAUUGCUGCAACAACGGUAGCCACAGGUGCAACAACAACUACCACUAGUGCCACAACAAACACUGAUACAACAACCACUGGUGCAAUAACAACCACUGCCACAUCCACAGCCAGUGGCACAUCUCCAACAACGGACACUGGUGCAACAACAACAAACACUGUUACGAUCAGUACUCAUGCAACAACAGCCACCAGUGUAGAAGCAACAAACACUAGUAAAAUAACCAAUGGCACAAUGACAACAACCCCUGCAACAAUAACUAGUGGCACAUUCACAACAAUGAACACUGGAACAUCAACCAGUGGUGCAUCAUCAACAACUACUGGCACAACAUAUAUUACAAGCAAUGGCAUAGAAACAGCAACCACUGCUCCAACAACAACAAGCACUGUUACUACCAACAAUGAUGUCACUUCUUCUGGACCCCAUUCUUUAAGUUCUGAAUCCAGUUCAACGACUCUUCUUGUCACUGCAACAUCAGAUACUGCAAGUACAGUCAAUCCAAGUACAUCUGUUUAUAAUACUGCAACAACAACCGCCAGUGGGACAUCUAUUAUUGUGAACACUGGUGAAACAUCAACAACUACUGGCACAACAUUAAUAACAAACAAUCCUAUAGCAACAACAAACACUGUUACAAAGAGCACAGGUGAAACAGUAGCCAUUGCUGCAACAACGGUAGCCACAGGUGCAACAACAACUACCACUAGUGCCACAACAAACACUGAUACAACAACCACUGGUGCAAUAACAACCACUGCCACAUCCACAGACAGUGGCACAUCUCCAACAACGGACACUGGUGCAACAACAACAAACACUGUUACGAUCAGUACUGGUGAAACAACAGCCACCAGUGUAGAAGCAACAAACACUAGUAAAAUAACCAAUGGUACAAUGACAACAACCCCUGCAACAAUAACUAGUGGCACAUUCACAACAGUGAACACUGGAACAUCAACCAGUGGUGCAUCAUCAACAACUACUGGCACAACAUAUAUUACAAGCAAUGGCAUAGAAACAGCAACCACUGCUCCAACAACAACAAGCACUGUUACUACCAACAAUGAUGUCACUUCUUCUGGACCCCAUUCUUUAAGUUCUGAAUCCAGUUCAACGACUCUUCUUGUCACUGCAACAUCAGAUACUGCAAGUACAGUCAAUCCAAGUACAUCUGUUUAUAAUACUGCAACAACAACCUCCAGUGGGACAUCUAUUAUUGUGAACACUGGUGAAACAUCAACAACUACUGGCACAACACUAAUAACAAACAAUCCUAUAGCAACAACAAACACUGUUACAAAGAGCACAGGUGAAACAGUAGCCAUUGCUGCAACAACGGUAGCCACAGGUGCAACAACAACUACCACUAGUGCCACAACAAACACUGAUACAACAGCCACUGGUGCAAUAACAACCACUGCCACAUCCACAGCCAGUGGCACAUCUCCAACAACGGACACUGGUGCAACAACAACAAACACUGUUACGAUCAGUACUGGUGCAACAACAGCCACCAGUGUAGAAACAACAAACACUAGUAAAAUAACCAUUGACACAAUGACAACAACCACUGCAACAAUAACUAGUGGCACAUUCACAACAGUGAACACUGGUACAUCAACCAGUGGUGCAUCAUCAACAACUACUGGCACAACAUAUAUUACAAGCAAUGGCAUAGAAACAGCAACCACUGCUCCAACAACAACAACAAGCACUGUUACUACCAACAAUGAUGUCACUUCUUCUGGACCCCAUUCUUUAAAUUCUGAAUCCAGUUCAACGACUCUUCUUGUCACUAGAACAACAGAUACUGCAAGUACAGUCAAUCCAAGUACAUCUGUUUAUAAUACUGCAACAACAACCGCCAGUGGGACAUCUAUUAUUGUGAACACUGGUGAAACAUCAACAACUACUGGCACAACAUUAAUAACAAACAAUCCUAUAGCAACAACAAACACUGUUACAAAGAGCACAGGUGAAACAGUAGCCAUUGCUGCAACAACGGUAGCCACAGGUGCAACAACAACUACCACUAGUGCCACAACAAACACUGAUACAACAGCCACUGGUGCAAUAACAACCACUGCCACAUCCACAGCCAGUGGCACAUCUCCAACAACGGACACUGGUGCAACAACAACAAACACUGUUACGAUCAGUACUGGUGCAACAACAGCCACCAGUGUAGAAACAACAAACACUAGUAAAAUAACCAUUGACACAAUGACAACAACCACUGCAACAAUAACUAGUGGCACAUUCACAACAGUGAACACUGGUACAUCAACCAGUGGUGCAUCAUCAACAACUACUGGCACAACAUAUAUUACAAGCAAUGGCAUAGAAACAGCAACCACUGCUCCAACAACAACAACAAGCACUGUUACUACCAACAAUGAUGUCACUUCUUCUGGACCCCAUUCUUUAAAUUCUGAAUCCAGUUCAACGACUCUUCUUGUCACUAGAACAUCAGAUACUGCAAGUACAGUCAAUCCAAGUACAUCUGUUUAUAAUACUGCAACAACAACCGCCAGUGGGACAUCUAUUAUUGUGAACACUGGUGAAACAUCAACAACUACUGGCACAACAUUAAUAACAAACAAUCCUAUAGCAACAACAAACACUGUUACAAAGAGCACAGGUGAAACAGUAGCCAUUGCUGCAACAACGGUAGCCACAGGUGCAACAACAACUACCACUAGUGCCACAACAAACACUGAUACAACAGCCACUGGUGCAAUAACAACCACUGCCACAUCCACAGCCAGUGGCACAUCUCCAACAACGGACACUGGUGCAACAGCAACAAACACUGUUACGAUCAGUACUGGUGCAACAACAGCCACCAGUGUAGAAGCAACAAACACUAGUAAAAUAACCAAUGGUACAAUGACAACAACCCCUGCAACAAUAACUAGUGGCACAUUCACAACAGUGAACACUGGAACAUCAACCAGUGGUGCAUCAUCAACAACUACUGGCACAGCAUAUUUUACAAGCAAUGGCAUAGAAACAGCAACCACUGCAACAACAAGCACUGUUACUACCAACAAUGAUGUCACUUCUUCUGGACCCCAUUCUUUAAAUUCUGAAUCCAGUUCAACGACUCUUCUUGUCACUAGAACAUCAGAUACUGCAAGUACAGUCAAUCCAAGUACAUCUGUUUAUAAUACUGCAACAACAACCGCCAGUGGGACAUCUAUUAUUGGGAACACUGGUGAAACAGCAACCACUGCUCCAACAACAACAAGUACUGUUACCAUGAGCAUUGUUGCAACAACAACCACUGCUCCAACAACAACAACAACAAACUCUGUUACAAUGAGCACUGCUGCAACAACAACCGCUGGCACAACAGCUGCUGCUGCAAUAACAAAUACUAGUGCAACAUCAAAUACUGAUACAAAAACCAUUGAUGCAAUAACAACAUAUACUGGUACUACAGCAACUACUGGUUCUGUACUAACAACCACAAGUACAACAACCACCACUGGUGCAACAACAAACACUAACACAACUGUUGCUGCAACAACAAACACUGCUCCAACAACAACAAAUACUGGUACCAUGAGCACUGGUGCAACAACAAUAACCACUGCCACUGCUCCAACAACAACAAAAACUCUUAUCAUGAGCACUGCUGAAACAACAACCGCUGGCACAACAGCUGCUGCUGCAACAACAACAAUAAAUACUGUUCCCAUAGGCACAGAUACAACAACAACUACUGCUGUCGUAAAAAAAACCAUAGGUACAACAACCACCAAUGGUGCAGCAACAAACACUGACACAACUUUUGCUGCAACAACAAACACUGCUCCAACAACAACAAAUACUGGUACCAUGAGCACUGGUGCAACAACAAUAACCCCUGGCACAACAACUGCUGCUGCAAUAAUAAACACUGGUGCAACAUCAAGCACUGAUACAAAAACCACUGGCGCAACAACAACAACAACAAUAAAUACCACCCCAACCUCCACUCCCAAAAUAACAACGGUGUCUUCACCCUUAAUGCUUCCAGCUGUCCCCCUCUUCCCUUAUGGGAAGGGCGAAAAUGAUACAGAAUUUGUACAGAGAAACGUUGAUUUUACAUCUCCACUCUUCCAGCCACAAUUAGGUUUUCCUUUUGGGAACAAGCUGCGGACUAAUAUUUAUUACACAGACAAUGGGCAGAUCAUCUUUCCAGCAUCUCAAAAUGACAUCUUCUCCUAUACCAAUCCACCAGUUAAUGGCUUUACUGCAGACUAUCAUGUGGCCAUGAUUGCUGUGUUUUGGGAUGAUGCAGAUUUCUCCAAAAAUAUUGGGACCACCUAUUACCAGGAAUACACCAACAGGAAUGCAAGCACUGCCACAUUUCAAGCUGUUGAAAAUAUGGUCAAAAAAUAUAUUGAUACCAACUACACUGCUCAGUGGAUCUUGAAGAUUACAUGGGAAAACGCUCCACCAUUCCUAGCUGCAGCUGAUAAUACACAGACCAAUACGUACCAAGCUGUGCUUACCACUGAUGGCUAUAAAUCCUAUGUCUUGAUGCUAUAUGGUGAAAUGAACUGGAAUGUGAGCAGUCGUGUAGCCAAUGUCUUAAUUGGUUAUUCAAGUGGCAAUGGUGAUACAUUUUACAAAAAUGAUGACCUAAUGAAUCGCCCAACCGCUGAAAAAUAUCGACCUUCAAACUACCAAGGACUGCCAUCAGCUGAUGUGCGAGGCCUCUGGAUAUAUAACCUUAACAGCCAGGUUGUGGCUAACAACCGUAUGGCAUGUGUAGCCUGGAUUAAUUCUGAACCUGCUCCCUCAAACUGGAAUUCAGAUUUAUUAUCCUGCCCAUGUUUAUACCAGCAGGGGCUCUCUGAUUCCAGAUUUAGAAAAACCAAAGCAGGAACAUCUGGUAGCACCAAUAUGCUCCGCAGUACAGUGUCCAGUAGGUUAAAGGCUGGUGUUAGGUGUCUGUACUUUAGAAAAAAUCAAUUCUUAGAAGGCUUCCAAGAAAGGUCUUGGAUAUCUCCAUCUUCUCAGUCUGACCCAGAACUCCAGGCUCAUGACAUUUGCUGCAAUCAGGUGGAUGAUCCAUGGUUCUGUUCAAUGUACAUGGAAAGGAGACCAGAAAUUAAUUGCAGAAAUUAUAGACCAUUAUCUUCAGGCUCAAGCUUUGGAGACCCACAUAUUUCAACCUUGGAUGGACUGACAUACACCUUCAAUGGACUGGAUGAUUUUAUCCUUUUAAAAGCAACAGAUUCUUCAACUUCCAUACUUCUACAGGGGCGAACAGAGCAGACUGGCACUGCAUUGGCCACUAACUUUAAAGCAUUUGCAUUAAACUACACAUCUAACACUUCAAAUGUGAAUGUUGAGUGGUAUCUUGGAAUUAAUGAUUCAAUAACAACUUAUGUUAAUGGUCAAACUGUCUCAUUCAGCAAUUCACAAGAUAUGGGAACACUGAUAAAUUACUCCAAUCCAGAUGUGUUCUUGAUGAUGAAUGAUUCAAUUAAUGCAACAAUUGGAGGUUUGAUUACUGUGUCAGUGUCAUCCUACUAUGGAAUAUUGAAUAUCAUAACAUAUCUCCCAGCACAAUUCAUUGGCAAAACCCAAGGCUUAAUGGGAGUGUGGAACUCAAACAAGAAUGAUGAUUAUCAGAGUCCAAAUGGAACCAGCAUUAGUAUAAACAGUUCAGAUGAAGACAUUUAUAACUAUGGAAUGUUGUGGAAGGUCACUGGAGUUAAUCUAUUUACUCAGUCAAGGACACAGCAAAAAAAUAGUGGCACCUUCAAACCUCUCUUCCUGAACGAUCUGAUCAAACAGAAUGAUUCCAGAUAUAAUCAGCUGGCAGAAACCUGCAAAAACAACACAGAAUGCAUUUAUGAUGCUUUGUCUACCAACAAUACUAAUUUGGCUUUAGCAACUCAACAAGCUAUAGGACAGUAUCGAGAUACAAUAGUUAUUCUGAAUGUGGUACCGCCUUAUAUUUCUGGAAAUGAAACCAUCCAGGCUUUCAUAAACCAAAAAGUCACUGUGCAAUACACUUCCAAUGGUACAGGAGUCACUUUUGCUGCAGAUGUUCCAUAUCAAGAUGUAAACAUAACCUCAAAUGGUUCUCUGAUUUGGACUCCAACAAGUACUGUGGGAUUCACCUUGCAGCUUAUUGCUACAGAUUUACAGAACCAUUCUUCUAUCUUGAAGCUCAAGUUUGUUGUAUGUAACUGUCGUUUGGCAAUUGAAUGCAACUACAAUCGAAUAACUGUAGUCAAUGAUACGUCUUUGUCGAUCGCAAGUUGCAGUUGCACAGGCAAUUACACCGGGACAUUCUGUCAGACUGCCCCAGACUUAUGUGCUCAGGGAUGUUACACUAAUGUAUCAUGUAACAGCACUACUGGCUGUGGGAAAUGUCCCGUGGGCCUUACUGGUGAUGGACUGCAUUGCAAUGGUAUAGAUGAAUGCUCUCGAGCCAACAACUGUUCACUAAAUGCCACCUGUGUAAAUACCUUGCAGGGUUUUAUCUGCAACUGCAAUACAGGCUUUACUGGUAACGGAACCUCCUGUACUGAUAUUAAUGAGUGUGAUAACAAGCCAUGUGGAACUAAUGCAGUGUGCAACAACACCCAAGGAAGUUUCACAUGCACCUGUAACCCUGGAUUCACAGGUAACGGAACCUCCUGUACUGAUAUUAAUGAGUGUGAUAACAAGCCAUGUGGAACUAAUGCAGUGUGCAACAACACCCAAGGAAGUUACACAUGCACCUGUAACCCGGGAUUCACAGGUAACGGAACCUCCUGUACUGAUAUUAAUGAGUGUGAUAACAAGCCAUGUGGAACUAAUGCAGUGUGCAACAACACCCAAGGAAAUUACACAUGCACCUGUAACCCUGGAUUCAUAGGUAACGGAACCUCCUGUACUGAUAUUAAUGAGUGUGAUAACAAGCCAUGUGGAACUAAUGCAGUGUGCAACAACACCCAAGGAAGUUACACAUGCACCUGUAACCCGGGAUUCACAAGUAACGGAACCUCCUGUACUGAUAUUAAUGAGUGUGAUAACAAGCCAUGUGGAACUAAUGCAGUGUGCAACAACACCCAAGGAAAUUACACAUGCACCUGUAACCCGGGAUUCACAGGUAACGGAACCUCCUGUACUGAUAUUAAUGAGUGUGAUAACAAGCCAUGUGGAACUAAUGCAGUGUGCAACAACACCCAAGGAAGUUACACAUGCACCUGUAACCCUGGAUUCACAGGUAACGGAACCUCCUGUACUGAUAUUAAUGAGUGUUAUAACAAGCCAUGUGGAACUAAUGCAGUGUGCAACAACACCCAAGGAAAUUUCACAUGCACCUGUAACCCGGGAUUCACAGGUAACGGAACCUCCUGUACUGAUAUUAAUGAGUGUGAUAACAAGCCAUGUGGAACUAAUGCAGUGUGCAACAACACCCAAGGAAAUUACACAUGCACCUGUAACCCUGGAUUCACAGGUAACGGAACCUCCUGCACUGAUAUUAAUGAGUGUGAUAACAAGCCAUGUGGAACUAAUGCAGUGUGCAACAACACCCAAGGAAGUUACACAUGCACCUGUAACCCCGGAUUCACAAAAGAUGGAACCUCCUGUACUGAUAUUAAUGAGUGUGAUAAAAACCCAUGCGAUACAAAUGCUGUGUGCAACAACAUCCAAGGAAGUUACACAUGUACCUGUAGGACUGGAUUCACAGGAAAUGGAACUGUCUGUACAUGUGAUACUUGUGAAUCAAAUUAUUGCCUAAAUGGUGGAACCUGCACAAGAGAAGGAGCAAACUGUGCCCAAACGUGCAGCUGCAAUUUAGCAUUUGAAGGAGAUAAAUGUGAAAAAACAAAAGAUACAUUCUCUGCACAGUUUCUACCAAAUGUACCAAACAGAACAGUGCGUAUAUUUUUUAACAGUAAUGGACCCACCAAUGAGGAAGAAGCUAAAGGAAAUGUUUCUCAGAAAAUGAACACUACCAUAUUUCGACAGUUUAACAAAUUGAGCAAUUUCACUGCACCAAGAAUUGCUAACAACGACAAGGACAGUCUGGCGCAAAUCACAGUUGAAUUUAGAUAUGUUACAAACCGGACAGACGUUGAAUAUCUGAAUAACAACUUGGUAAAAGAAAUGCGGCAAAAACUUCCAACGACAAACUCAAGUAGCCGGGCAAAGAUGUUAUCAAUUUAUUAUGAUGUGGAAAGUGGAAACUAUUUGACUCUGGAGCAACUGCGUAGUAUGGCUGUCUGCAAUGCUAAUAAUUUAAGCGGGGGCUACAUUGUGGAUGACAACUUUAUGUGUGUUUCAAGGUGUCGUGGUUAUUGCCAGAAUGCUGGACAAUGCAUACUGCUAUUUAAUGGACCUUUCUGCAACUGUACCUCCUUCACCAUAUACACCGUCUCUGGGAAGCAGUGUGAAAAUCUUGCCAUGAACCUGAAUGCUUUCUUUGGUAUUUUAUUUGGAGCCUUGGCAUUCCUCUUCCUCCUAAUGUUGGGCAUUGGAUUAGCUAUCUUCUAUUAUCGCCGGAAUCAAAAGAAAGAUGAUACAGAAAGAAUAUUCCCUACUACAUUUAGUACAAAGAGAUCCCCAUUUUCCAGUUUUACUACCCUGAAAGAAUCCAAUAUACCAGCGAUAUCCACUAAUAGUAGAAAUGAACCUCACCUUGUUAGCUGGAAACCUCAUCUGGAGACAGUUGACAGUUUUUCUGAAGUGAAGAUAAAAAGACCGGAUGUAAAAACCUGAACACCUUCUUUAUAGAAAAAUGUUUACUUCAAUGAAGUUUUAGCUGGUUUACUAAAACGGAGAUAUCCAACGACCCUGUCCUAUGCUUUAAUUAAAAGACAAGUAUAUAUGACAAUGGCCUUCCUCUAUAAGUAAUAAACGCACUUUUACUUUAUGAUAAAGAUAACAUUUAUUUAUUAUUCGCUGUUUGAGAGCAACAAUUGUGGCCAGCAGCAUCUGUGUAUUUGUUUGUUACUGUAUAUUCUUAAGAACAAAUGUAAUUCAAUAAUUUAUCAAAAUUCAUUAAAUUAUAAGUGUUUACAUAAUGACCAGUGCAAUGAAGGGAGAGUGUCAGGAUAGGCAUAUAACUUAUAAUGCUUUGGAAUGUAUGACUGCCUUAUAAUUACUAUUAAUGAACAAGCAUUACUGUAAAUCAUGUGCCUUUCUACUUCCUUAUCACUUGUUACUUUAAGAGAUUAUUUAAUUAUGCUUUACAGUAUCACUAAAAGAUUUAUUUUGACAUACCUCAGGUUUAAAAAUGUAAAAUCCCUUUGCACACUUUAUGUACUUUUUGUCCAUUUUUUAAAAAAACAUAACAAAAACAAAGAAUAUAUUUUUAUAUCAGCUUUUAAAGAUUAUGGUUUAGGAUGAGAUAUUUUUAUGGUUAAACAUUGAUGAUUCUGUAUUUAAUCUUAUUUAUAUUACUAACAUUUUAAUAAAAUGAUUUUCCUGCACAUUA